AUGGACCAUUUCACAUGUUUUGCUCAGGCCUAUGCCACGAUAAACAAGGCAGCAAAAACGGUGCAGGACGUCUUUGGUGAUUUUGGUUUCCCUGAGAAACUCCAUCAUGAUUUGGGAAGGGGGGACCGUGCACCCAAGACUUUUCCAGCCGAGGUCUCCGUCACACCGGCGCCGACUCACCACGGACCUUGGGUGCACCAGCAGCGAAAGACCAGACCAAACGCUGUGAUCAUUGGGGACUCCAUUGUGCAAAAUGUCCGUGUCGCUUCAACAAAGGGUAAGGUGCACACACAUUGUUUUUCUGGUUCUCGUGUCCUUGAUGUUGCUGCGCAGGUUCCUGGGAUCCUGAAGAAGGUCGAGAGCAUUGGAGCGGUCGUGCUGCACGCGGGGGCAAACAACAUCAGGCUGCGGCAGACAGAGGUUCUGAAGAGGGACUUCACCAGCCUGAUCGAGAUGGUACGAGGCAGAUCACCCACCACGAAGAUCAUCGUCUCUGGACCUCUUCCCACAUACAGACGUGGAGCUGAAAAGUUGUUUUGUCCUGAUAGCCUGCACCCCAGCAGCCUCGGAGCGGAACUGCUGUCAGACAACAUCUCCAAGGCGCUACACACCAAGUGACUGCCUACCGUAAGUACAUCUUCCUACAAUAACAACAUUCAUCAUAUGCAAUGUUCAAUUAAUAGUUCAACACUUGUAGUACAUACUAUAGAGACUGUGUCUGUUCCCCGAGCUAUACAAAUACAUAGAAAAUUUCGGAAAGUUUGUUUUAGUAACCUAAUUAACAUAAAAUUAGAUAAUUCUGAAUGCACAUCCAGCAGCUUUAAUCUGAAGCUAGGACUAUUAAACAUUAGAUCUCUUGCGUCUAAGGCUCUUAUUGUUAAUGAAAUCAUUACUGAUCAGGAAUGUAAUUUAAUGUGUUUAACGGAAACUUGGAUUAAACCAAACAAGUACAUAGCAAUAAAUGAAGCAAGGGUUAUAGUCAAAAUCUAGGCGUCACACAAAAACCUAGUCCUAAUUUUAAGUCUUUUGAAAUUCUUUAUGCCAGUAUAACUUAUGUAGCCACAAAAAAUAAGUCAAUUCCUCUAAUUAUUAUUUACAGACCCCAGGGCAAUAUACUGAAUUUCUUAGUGAAUUUGCAGACUUUAUCUCAAACCUGGUUGUUUAUGUAGAUAAAGCAUUAAUCGUUGAUAAUUUUAAUAUUCACUUUGAUAAGCCGGAAGACCCUCUGAGAACAGCGGUUGUGUCCAUCUUAGAUUCAGUGGGGAUUGAUCAGAACGUAAUCGGACCUACUCAUAAUGGUGGUCACACUCUUGACCUCAUACUAACAUACGGAUUAAAUAUAGAAAAUAUUGUAAUUUUUCCGCAGUCUGAUGUUGUCUCAGACCAUUGUCUUAUCUCGUUCAUAAUAUGUAUUGAUCAUAAUAUUUCCACCUCGCCUUGCUACAGCGUAAAACGUACUUUCACAUCAGCUACUGCACUGAGCUUCAUCAAUAACCUCGCAGAGACAUCAAUAAGAUUUGGAUCACCGUUUGAUCCGAUAGGACUCGAUCAGGCGACUGAAAGCUUAGAGUCAACACUCCGCUACACGCUAGAUAGAGUGGCUGCACUCAAAAGAAAAUUAAUUAGAGAGAAAAAACAGGACCCUGGUAAAACGAUAAAACGCAUACCUUAAAACAGACCACUCAACAAUUAGAACGUAAAUGGCGUCGAACCAAAUCGGUAAUAUUUCAAACAGCAUGGAAGGAGAGCCUACUGAACUAUAGAAAAUCUCUUAGCAAUGCUAGAAAAGUCUAUCUCUCCACCUUAAUAGGAGAUAACAACAACAAUUCUAGAUUUCUAUUCAACACGGUAGCAAAAUUAACUAGGAAUAAAACCACCACAGAAAGAAACACACAGUCAUUACAUAGCAGCGAAGAUUUCAUGAAAUUUUUCAUUGGUAAGAUUGAAAAUAUUAGAUGUGAAAUUCAGGCCAUUAAAUUAAAAUCAGACAGUAUUAUAACUAACGCUGUAGAUGAUAAUAUAGCAAUAUCAGAAUGUUGUACUCCCCUUAGAGAGACCGAACUAGCUUCAUUAAUCUCUUCAUCGAAUUCAUCAACUUGCAUACUAGAUCCUAUGUUUACAUGUUUCUUUAAACAGAUUUGUCCUGGAGUAAUUGAACUGCUUUCAAAUAUAAUCAGUUCUUCCCUUAGCACUGGCUACGUACCUAAAUCAUUCAAAUUAGCAGUUAUUAAAUCCCUGAUUAAAAACCUGACCUUGAUCCCUUGAGUUCCCUCUCAACUGUCCAGCUAUAGACCUAUCAGUUCGUAGAUGUAA